GCGGCAAAUAACUACCCUGAGUUGUCCUCCAACGUGAUGCCAGGUGCCAGGUUAGAUGUUAAACACCCUCUAAAAUCUGCAUGAAUCAGCUGUUAGAUCACGUAAACUCCCUCGAAAAUGGAGCCCGAUGGCUGUUAUUUAUCCUGCACAAUCAUCGCGGAGUGGACAAAUCCUCAAGGAAUGACAACUCGCAAGGUUAGUUACAGAUCAGCUCAACUCCGCCUGCUCAGGAACAAUCAGCGUCAGAUGCUGAUUGAGAUUCGCGCUGAAAAAGCCAACACCACAAUUAAACUCGCUCUCAGGGGCAUAAACGUCCUGAACCGCUAUAUGAGCGAAGGCAAGUCGACGAUUAAAUUUGCUGAAGAACGCUGCACCCUCUUCCUGUCGAAUGCUCCAGCUGCACAACUCAUCACUUUCCUGAAGACGAUAUUCGUGAAGAUGACGGGACAAACGGAUGAUGGGAAGCCACAGUCGAAGAAUCCACUGAGAGAGCAACUCCUGUCCAAUGGAAAGUUGGGAGGGACUCAGGACAUCAGCCCAGCUACCAAUGCUGAACUCAAUCUGGCGAAGGAAAAGGCUCUUCUGGUCGCCGCCUCCAGGAAAACUGUCACCACUCCAUCUCCCAGCACAACCAGGAAGAGGAAAUUGACGGGCUCCAGCAGUUCAUACGUUCCCAUUGCUAAAAAACUUUAUGCUAAUCCAACAGCUGUGGAAUUGACUGAUGAGCAGAAGGGAGUCCUUGAUGCUGUGCUCAAGGGAAAAAAUAUCUUCUUCACUGGCAGUGCUGGCACAGGUAAAUCUUUUCUCCUGAAAAGAAUAAUUGCCGAGCUGCCGCCAGCGGUGACGACAGCAACUGCUAGCACAGGAGUUGCUGCUUGUCACAUCGGUGGAAUAACCCUCCACCAGUUCUCUGGGAUUGGCCUUGGAACUGGAACAGUUGAGAGAUGCUAUCAAAUGGCGUCGCGUCCGGCCACUGCAACAAUCUGGAGACGAACGAAAUACCUGAUUAUCGACGAGAUAUCCAUGGUAGACGGCGAGUACUUCGAGAAGAUCGAGGCAGUCGCCAGACACGUUAGGAAAAACGACCGUCCCUUCGGAGGCAUUCAACUGAUUCUCUGUGGGGACUUUUUCCAACUGCCUCCAGUCAACAAAACCAGCGACACCAAGAAAUUCUGCUUCCAGAGCAAGGCCUGGGAGAAGUGCGUUCACCUGAAUUUCGAACUGCAAAGAGUUCAUCGGCAGAAGGACCCAAAAUUCGUCAAAGUCCUCAAUAGCUUGAGAAUCGGACGAGUUACAGACGAGAUCACGACAAUUUUGAAGUCAACGUCGAGCCAGAAAAUUGAGAAAGGUGGAAUUCUUGCCACGCGAUUGUGCUCGCAUGUUAAUGAGGCUAAUGAGAUUAAUGAAUCCCAGUUGGCGAAUUUGAAGGGUUCAACCAAGACUUACGUAGCUCAAGAUUCAGAAGAAUCAAUGACGAAAACUCUUGAUCAGCAACUGCCUGUCCCCGGGAAAUUAACGUUGAAAGUUGGAGCCCAAGUUAUGCUCCUCAAGAACAUCAAUAUCAGCAAUGGACUGGUGAAUGGAGCCAGAGGGGUUGUCAUCAAGUUCGAAGACGAGACACCUGUCGUUCAAUUCAGAAGUGGUGAAAUAUAUCACGCGAGAUUUGAGAAAUGGUCCAUCAAGACAGCCUCUGGGGCAUUCGUUCACAGAAAACAGGUGCCCCUGAAGCUCGCCUGGGCCUUUUCCAUUCACAAGAGUCAGGGGUUGACCCUGGAUUGUGUGGAGAUGAGCCUGGCAAAGGUCUUCGAUGCUGGACAGGCGUAUGUUGCACUCUCCAGGGCCCAGAGCCUCGAUUCACUCAGAGUCUUGGAUUUUAAUGGAAGGCAAGUGUGGGCUAAUACUAGUGUUUUAGAAUUUUACAAGAACUUCAGAAGACAUCUUCAUGAGAUGGAACUCAUUCCUCUUGGAAAAAAAACGAAUGGCCAAAUGAAGGCCCUUAGGAAACAAUAGCGCUAAUAGAA